AGCGGCAUCAUCGAUGAUGUCGCGUCGUUGCGAUCGCCUCCGCUCCAAACGAAAUCCUCCCGUAUUCCGCAACACCGACGGCUCAACCACCGCACCACUACCACCACCACCACCAUGCGCUCCAGCCGCACCCGCGCCUAUCCAUGACGCCCCCGCCCCUCCUCACCACCCACUCCGCCGCCGCCGCCGCGCUCCUCGUCCUCGUCCUCAACCCCGCCUCGGCCGCCGCCCGCGCGCGCAAGCGCAGGCGGCGUGACGACUCCGACGCUGGCCCCGACGCCGACACGGACGACCCCAACCCGCCGGCCCCGCCCCUGGAGCAGCCACCGCCGCUGCCGCUGCCGCCGACGAGCCCGGACCACUUCCCGCUUGCGUUCCGCGUCUCGGCGCCCACCUUCCACUUUCUCUCGGGCCUCCUCGACCCGCUCCUCUCCCACCCCUCCCUCCCGUCCGCGGUGAUCCUUGCGCUCGCGCUCGCGCGCCUCGCGUCGGGCCUGCCCUACCCGGCGCUCGCGGCGCUCUUCCGCGUCCCUCCCUCGGCCCCGCGCGCCGCCUCCUGCCGCCUCCGCCGCGUGCUCCUCGCCAACUUCCGCUUCUGGCUCGCCUUCCCCUCCGAGCCGAGCUGUACCUCGUCCUCCUCCUCGUCCGCCGCCUCGCUCCCCUCCUGCCGCGGCGCUCUCGGCUGCGUGCGCUUCUCCGGCCCGACUGGCCCGCUCGCCGCGCAGCUCGUGGUGGGCACCUCCUCCCGUGUCCUCUCCCUCGCCGCCGGCUUCCGCGGCAACCGCACCGACCUCGAGGUGCUCAGGCUGUCGUCUUUCUACCAGGAGGUCGAGCAGGGGAGGGUGCUUGACUCCACGCAGUACUUGGUUGGGGAUGGGGGCGGGUACUCGCUGCUGCCCUGGCUCAUGGUGCCGUUCCCGGGGCCCGUGGUGCCUGGUUCCCCGGAGGCGGAGUUCAACGCUGCGCACAAGGCAAUGUGCCGCCCGGUGAGACGCGCUGUCCGGAGCCUUAUGGGGUGGGGGGCCAUCGCGCGGCUCCGCGAGGAGGAGAGCCCUCGUGCAGCUGUGGCGUGCAUUGGGACGUGCGCCAUGCUUCACAACGUGUUGCUGACAAGGGAGGAUUACUCUGCAUUGGCACCGGAAGAGGAGGAGGCAGAGAGUGAUUUGGGGGGAAUGCAGAGCCAGGGAGAUGACUCUGGUGCUGGAGCAGAAGGAUUCGAGGUUGAUGGGCGUGCAUUGGCGUUGCGGAGAGCAUUGGCAGCAACAAUGAGGGACCUGCGAGUGCCUGAUUAGCAAUGUGCACGAUCCAUUCAAGACAUUCAUGGUGGAGAUAGGCCAGUCCUUUUGCUACCCCAAGUGCAAUAUUGUACCUUUGGCUCCAUUGCAGCACAGGAGAUAAGUUCUGAUUCUCAAACAGAACUCUGUCUAGAGAACCAUUCUCAACAAACUCAG